UCACCCGCAAACGCUAACUGGAAUUAGCUUUUGAUUUUAAUAGGUUUGAAGCGGUUUGAAGCAAUUUGUACCGAUUUGUAUGAUUGUUUCGAAACACUGUCAACCGCUAUCAACCGCAAAAACUGCAUUUGCGGGUGGUAGCAGAGAAACCAGUCAAGCCUUUUAUAUAUAAGGGAUGUAUGAACAUCUUCUGAAUGCACAUAUAUAUAAUUAUAGAUUCUUUUAGUUAAUGUAUUAUAUGGAUUCUAAAAUAUUUUAAGCAAUUUCAUUAUACAAUAAAAAUAACAAUUCAUGGUAAAACAAAAAUUAAUUGAAGCAAAGCUAAUUUGGUAAUACUGAUAAAUUAUUAACCAAAAUUAGUUAUAAAACUAUUACACCCCUCCAUUUAUCGAGGAAUAUAUUUAACCCUUUUUUAUUGUAGCCAAUAAAUCGCAACUUAAGGGUUCUAAAACAAAGGUGAAACUGAACUUACUAGAAAUAGGAGAAAAGAUUAAAAACUGUUCGCUUUGCUCCUUAUAAUAUCAUUCUCCCUUCUUUUUUGAUUCCCAUUACUUUAAAUUCUAGAAAAGAAAAAGUUUUUUUCCUAAAACUAACUCUUAAAAUUUCGAAGAUGCCAGAGACGGAUUUAUCGUUUGGAAGGUCAUUACUAAGUUUGCGUCGGGACCAAGUGCACUUAAUGGACCCAACUGAGCCUAUGAGCAUGGAGGUGGAGUUAGAUUCUUUUCAGAGACAAGUUGCUGAGAAAUUUAUUGAUCUCAACGCCUCUGCGAAUGACGAUGAGCUCCUCUCACUUGAAUGGAUAGGAAAACUUCUUGAUUCUUUUCUUUGUUGCCAAGAAGAAUUUCGAGUUAUAAUAUUCAACCACAAGUCUCAGCUUCUCAAACAGCCAAUGGACCGUUUGAUAGAAGAUUAUUUCGAGAGGAGCGUCAAAGCUCUUGAUGUUUGCAAUGCAAUUCGUGAUGGGAUCGAGCUGAUCGGGCAAUGGCAAAAACUAAUUGAAAUCGUACUAUGCGCUUUGGACGCGAGCCAUGGACAGCUCGGUGAAGGAGAAAUCCACCGUGCUAAGAAAGCAUUGAUUGAUUUAGCCAUUGGGAUGCUAGAUGAGAAAGAUUCUUCUAACUCGUUAGCCCAGCGUAACCGUUCUUUCACACGUAACAAGGACAAUAAUCAACACACUGGCUAUUUAAGGUCACUGUCUUGGAGCGUGUCACGGUCUUGGUCAGCCGCAAAGCAGUUACAAGGGAUAGGCAAUAACUUGGCCACACCUCGAGCCAGCGAUGUCAUGGCUACUAAUGGUCUAGCCCUAACGGUCUACACAAUGACAUCGAUAUUGUUGUUUGUUAUGUGGGUUCUUGUAGCCGCUAUCCCUUGCCAAGACCGUGGUUUACAAGUGCAUUUUUACUUCCCAAGGCAUUUCCAAUGGGCAGUACCAGUGAUGUCCUUGCACGAUAAGAUCAUGGAUGAAUCAAAGAAAAGAGAUAAAAAGAAAGCAUGUGGAUUGCUUAAAGAGAUUAAUCUAAUGGAGAAAAACACGAGAAUGUUAAGUGAACUGAUUGAUUCAGAUAACUUCUCAUUAACCGAUGAUAAUGCGUUAGAAGUGAAGGAGAGAGUGGAAGAGUUGAUGCAAGUACGUGAAUCUAUGAAAGAAGGUUUGGAUCCAUUCGAAAGGAAAGUUAGAGACGUUUUCCACAGGAUAGUUCGUAGCCGCACUGAGGCUCUUGAUUCCCUUGGAAAGGUUCAUGAUCAAGAAUAGGAAAACUUGAACUAUGUUUUCCUAUAUAUGGAAGUUUCAGAUUCAGUUGUGAGGAAUAUAUUGGAUAAAGAGAAAAAUAAUCUCUUGUUUUUUUUUUGCUUUUCAUCCUUGUAAAGGGAGGUGCUAAUCCCUUAUAUAUUAAUUGAGGAACA